AUCGUGUAGCAAGGAGGGGAUAGUAUAGAUGACCGCAAAUAAAUCAGCAAAGAUGUAAAUAAAACGUGGGUAGCUUUCCCCAAUAUUGAGAUGGUAGUCUGUCUAGUGGAUCAUCGCAGAGUCCCGAUCCAUUAUUAAUGCACAGGUAGAACUGUAGCCAUGCUAAAAUCCCUUCCAUUAUGGCUAUUGGCCCUAGUAUCAAAAACAAACUAUGCGGCAGCCCAAAACACAAAAUUCGACUAUAUCGUGGUAGGUUCGGGGCCAGGGGGUGGGCCGCUGGCAGUGGAACUCGCGAAAUCCGGAGCUAUAACGCUGCUGCUAGAGGCUGGCUCCGACCUCUCCGAAGACCCACUGUACCAGGACACCAGCCGAUUUGUGGAGGCCAGCAACGACCCCAGAACCAGAUGGGAUUUCUUCGUGAAGCACUCCGACGACCCGGAGAGGGAGCUGCAGUACGAACACAUGACAUGGCGCACCACCAAUGGGUCGUUCUACGUCGGACGAGAGCCCCCUGACGGCGCCGAGCAGCUCGGCAUAUACUACCCCCGCGCAGCAGUCCUGGGUGGCUGCGCUAUGCACAAUGCUGCCGUGCUGCACCUACCGAGCGACGACAACUGGAAUCACAUUGCGGAAAUCACCGGCGACGAGUCAUGGAGGGCUCCUGAGAUGCGGAAGAUUCUCGAGGAAAUCGAAAACUGUCACUACCUAGCCAAUGGCACCGCUGGACAUGGCUUCUCCGGGUGGUUAGACAGCAAUCAAGCGCCUGGCUCCUGGCCCGGAAACGCCACCGACGGGACAACACUGCUCAGAGCGAUCGCCGCCGCAUCUGACCCGGUGGGAAACGCGAACGGAUCCGCCAUAUCCGACGCCGACCUCCGGAUGCUCGUGAGCAGGGACAUCAAUGGGCCCGAGCCGGACCGCGACCAAAUGACGGGCAUAUUCGGGAUCGCCGGGCACACCGACGCCGCCGGCCACCGGUUCAGCCCCGCGAACUACAUCAAGCAGGCGUUCAAGGAGAACCCGGACCUACCCCUAACCGUGCAGCUGAACUCCUUCCUCACCAACAUCCAAUGGGACCAGCUGCAGGAAACCGAGCAGCCCGCCGUGAUGGCCGUCGACUGGGUGACCGGCCCCAGCGCCUACAAAGCGGACCCGCGGUACGAUCCGAGCCGGAACACAACGGCUGGCUUCGCCUGGGUCGGGAAGGAGCUUAUUAUUGCCGGCGGCACUUUCAACACCCCGCAGAUUUUGAAGCUCAAUGGCGUCGGGCCGGCGGAGGAGCUCGAGAAGCUCAAUAUCUCGGUGGUGGCUGACCUGCCGGGCGUCGGCGCGAACCUGGGAGAUAAUUACGAGGGUGGCGUGUUGUCGAUGGCGGCGAAGCCGUUUGAGGGAUUGAAUGGCCCCUAUGUUGUGCAGCUGAAAACCUCGGCGUCGGAUGCGAAUCGGGAUAUUUUCCUCUGGCCCUUGAACACAGCAUUCGAAGGCUUCUGGCCCGGGUACCCCGACAGCUACGGCCCCCAAACACUAACCAUGGCGUUCGUGCACAUGGACCCGCGGAGCUCCAACCGUGGAUCCGUCACCCUGCGCUCGACCGACCCCUUCGAGCCGCCCGAGAUCAACUUCCGCUUCUUCGAGGGCGACAGCGAGAAGGAUCUGCAGGCGAUGCUGGAAGCCGUCAAGUUCGCGCAGCGGGUGAAGGGGCUACUGCUACCGGAGAGCUCGGGCCUGGCGCCCUUCGACGAGCUGCACCCGUGCGCCGGCGACGCGUCCGGCUGCGCGGACGAGGACGUCAAGGAGUACCUGAAGCUCCAGGCGUACUCGCACCACGCGACGGGGACGUGCGCGAUGGGGGACGUGGCGGAUCCGUUGGCGGUGGUGGACUCCAGGUUCCGGGUUAAGGGGGUCAAGGGGCUAAGGGUUGUCGAUGCCUCGGUGUUUCCCAGGCCGCCGGGGGCUUUCCCGGUUCUGCCGACGUUUAUGAUAUCGAAGAAGGCGGCGAGGGAUAUCAUAGGAGGUGCUUGAGAAUGGGUUGAUAGCGUGAUUCUUCUCAAUUUGAGUCGUUUGAAGCUGGACACUGUUGCAGGUGCCUCAGGCACCAUAGGCUCCACUAGAGCCAUAUGGCCCAUAUGGCCAUAUGUUGGCACCCCGCCACUGUAGUUAGGA